UUCCCUCGAUCCCUCUCGGCGCUUCGCAAACAGAAGAGAGCUCUUUCCAUCGACUUCGAAGAAACCAGAGACGAUGGCUUCAAAACUUCUUGCCAACUUAAUUAUAAUGGGUUCUGGAAUAUUGGGAAGGGCUGUAUUGCAAGCAUAUCGCAAAGCAAUUGAGAAUGCCAACAAAUCUGGUGUUGCACAAGAAACCAUUAAUAAUAUUCGCAGAGCAAGCCGAGCUAUGACCGAACAGGAAGCCAGGCAGAUCCUAGGAAUCCCUGAGCAUGCAACAUGGGAAGAAGUCAUGCAGAAGUAUGAUACUUUGUUUGGGAGGAAUGCUCAGCAUGGAAGCUUCUACCUUCAGUCAAAGGUUCACAGGGCUAAAGAAUGUUUAGAAGCUGUCUACCAAAAGAACAGUCCAGGAAAUUCUUGAAAUCCAAGUUCCUGUCUACUGUUUUGAAAGCAGCUUUUGCUGUUCUAGUUUUAUACGCUACUUUUUCCCCAUAUUAUUUCUGAAAUUAGAGAGUGUAUAUAUGCAAUUGUUCUUGUAUCUGAAGAUGGUUUAAUAUAACUUGCCAGUUGAUGUAAAGUUGAUAAAAGAAGAGCAGGAUCAAGAUUAAUUAAUUGAUAAAAAAAUUCAGGGGGCAGAGCUUGUGUUGUUUCCUCCUGCCAUCUUCACCCCCAAA